AUGCCGGUCGUGGCGCACCAGGGGCCCGUGCACCGCCCCCCCCCCCUUUUCCCGCUCGCCACGCAAGGCGACGGGAGGGGCGACCUGGGGGGGCGCGCGUCGCCCCUUCUUCCGCCUGCUCUGGCGCCCUGGGAGGCCGCGCGUCGGCCCCCCGUACUCCUCCCCCCCCCCCCCCCCCCCUCCCCCCCCCCCCCCCUCAGGUCGCCUCAACAGGCGACGAGGGGGGGCGACCUGGAGGGGGGGGCCCAGUGGGGGGGAGGGGAUCUGCCAUCCCCCUGGAGCGGAUGCGGCAGUGGGGGGAGGGGACCUACAGCACCUGCCUGCCCCCCCCCGCCCCCCCCCCCCCCCCCCCCCCAUCUCUCUGCUGCGGGUGCAGCAGUGGGGGAGGGUAUGGGGGUGGCGGGUGUGGCCAACCCGCGCGCCCUGCUGCCCUGUGCGCCCCGUGCGCCCUGCUGCCCUGCUGCCCUGUGCGCCCCGCGCGCCCUGCAGCCCUGUGCGCCCCGCGCGCCCUGCUGCACUGUGCGCCCCGUGCGCCCUGCUGCCCUCUGCACGCGCCAUGCACAGCACCCCCCCCCCCUGUUAUAG